CCGGCUGUAGUGUCCUAUCCGCAUUUUCUUUACGCAGACUCAAUUUACAGUCAAGGUGUAAUUGGUAUGAAGCCAGACCCGAAGCUGCAUCAGAUGUACUUGGACAUAGUGCCGGAAAUGGGAAUUCCUAUAAGCGUAGCAGCAAGAAUGCAAAUAAAUAUCGUGUUCGAAGGAGUUAAAGACAUUAGGCAAUUUAGCAACAUUUCCAGAAGAAUAUAUUUUCCAGUCCUUUGGUUUAGUGAGACUGCAAUGGCUACUGACUCUAUCGUGGACCAGCUAAGACUUGUGCUAUAUACACUUCCUUUAAUAUGUAAUAUAUCCUCAUUCAUCAUGAUUUCCGUGGGAUGUUUCUUGGUACUAGCAGCAUUUGUCCUGUCCUUACUAUACGCAGCAGGCAAGAUCACUGACAUGCCUGGAACGAAAGACGAUGCAUUGCUGGAAGAUGAAAGUUCACAAAAGGAGGUAAAAGUAUCAGAAUGAGCCAGCCUAUAGUGAAGUAUCGAAAGCAACAUGAUUCGAAGAUGUUUUAACUGUACAUAAAACUCUGAAAUCGAUACAUUUGUUCCUUUUUCUAAGCUAUUGUCUUUGUAGAUAUUG